CAGACUUUUAUUUUGAAGUGCUGGGAGCGCGCGGUCCGCCGGAAGCAGAGAAGAAGACGCAGACUUGUUUGUCGGUGUCAGCAGCAGUGGACUCACCUGGCGGACAGGUGCGAUCUCAGCCCGACCAGUCAUCCGGUCUGUUUCUGUGGACAGUCACUGCACAUCAGAGGUCAAAGGUCAUCUCCUCGUCCGCAGUCAUGGCUCUGAUCUCUCUGGAAGACCUUGAUGGAUUGGACGACGAGCAGCUGGACGAUGACAUCACCGACAACCCUGAGCCAAUGGAUGAAGACGACAGAUUGCUGAGUCACUGGCAGGCUGUCGCUAGCACCCACCAGGUGUCUGUACCUCCAGAGAUGACUGGACCGAUACAGGAAAUGACCAGAAACAGCCAGCAGAGGGAGUCCCUCCCCUUCACCCUGGUAUCCCGCCACGAGAAGAUGGGGGAGGUGCUGUAUGAGGAGCGAGUGUAUCCAGCAGGACACUGGGCCUGUGUGACCAGAGGAGAGGAUCUAUACGAACAGAGCAUCUCCAUGGCCUUCAUGAAACUGAUGCGCUUCAUCUGUAAAGAGAACUCUGCAGGCAGGUACCUGGGGAUGACGGUGCCAGUCGUCAGUAACAUCCACAUGAUGGAGGACAGUGUCACGUUUGAGAAAGAUGUGCAGACGGCGUUCUUCCUGCCCACCGAGUUUCAGACCAGCCCCCUCCAGUCCUACGACCCUGACAUCACCAUCGUCUACAGAGAACCAAUCAGAGUCAUCGCCAGGAUGUUCCGGGGGACGACCACGGAGGAGACGGUGAACCGUCAGAUUGGUCUGCUGUGGGAGAUCCUCGGCGACGCCGUCGAUGUCCGCAGAGACACCUACAUGGUUGCUGUGUUCGAGAACCCUGGUGUGCCAUACCGCAGGAAUGAGAUCUGGUUCAUCAGACGCGACCUGUAGAUGCCGUCCCAUCAUCCUCUGCUCUCGCCUUCUCCUCCUCUGAUUGGUCGGUUUGUCGUUACACACUUCCUUUAGCUGAUGUAGAUUUUAAAAGUCGAACUGACCAAUCAGAGGUUUCUAUUUGUUACACUUCCCACAGCAGGAGAGGCGGGAAAGUUGACCAAUCAGACUGCAGCAGCAGGUUUUAAUGUACUGAGCCUUUGAACAAACAGCUGGGUUCUGUUACAGGGUCUGAGGUCCAGGUCUCAUGAUUUAAAAAGUGUAGAAGAGAGAGUGAAUAUUUUUGUAAAUUGUAGUAAAGUUGGAGCAGAGCACUGGUUUUUAAACUUUAAACAGGUGCUUCCCUCCAGCAUGUUCAACACUAACAUUCUGCAGCUUCUCUUUAUUCUCUCUGCAUCUGAUGUGAAAUCAUUAAACGACCAAUCAGCUCUGUGAUGUUUGUGCCUGUUGUUAGUUCAUCUGUUGUUGGACAAAUGUUCUUUUUGUUGUGAAACACUUUAUUUAGGGUUUUGUGUACAAAACAUUAAAAUCUGAUUUUAACUCUGA